AUGAAAACUGCCAUCCUCACUGAUAAAGCCCCCAAACCUCUCCCCGGCAUCUAUUCCCAAGCCAUCGUCUCCAACGGCGUCGUGUACUGUUCAGGGGCCGUGGCAAUGGACCCAGAGACGGGCAAGAUUGUCGACGGCGAUAUCAAGGCGCAUACGCACCAAUGUAUUAAGAAUCUCUCGCACGUCCUCGAAGCAGCCGGCAGUGAUAUCACCAAAGUGCUCAAAGUGAACGUGUUCCUCUCGGACAUGGACAACUUUGCCGACAUGAACUCGGUAUAUAUGCAGUACUGGGGGGACGUGAAACCCUGUCGGACAUGUGUGGCCGUCAAGACGUUGCCAUUGAACACUGACGUGGAAAUCGAAUGUAUCGCCGCGGUCUGA